CUGACCACUGACUUUGCUGAUGCAGUCUACAGGUCAUUUAAUGACUACAAGCUUGCAGCAAAAGCAUACAAAGAAUGUAAACAACCCGAAGUCCUUGACAUCUUCAAGACAUUGUCGUCGCCCAAGGAGAACUUCAUCCUUAUCAAAGGUGAGAAUCCAGGGAUAUAUAAUCGACAAUAUGUUCUAUUUCCUCUAUACAUCACUGACACUCAAGAAUACUUUUAG